UGCGUUCGCUGUAAGAAAGAACCUGUCUUGAAGUUAAGAAACCAUACAACAUAUUUUCAAAAAUGGCAUUCAAGUUUGUAUUCGCACUCGCUUUCGUCGCCGCGGCCAGCGCUGGCUAUGUACCCGUUGCUCCCGUCUACCAUGCCGCACCAGCCGUCGCCGUGCACGCAGCACCUGUGGCYGUAGCCCAAAAGGUUGUUGUGAAGUCGGCAGAGGAAUACGAUCCUCAUCCUCAAUACAAAUACUCUUAUGGUGUUGAAGACAAAUUGACCGGUGAUGCCAAGAGUCAAGUAGAGGAACGUGAUGGUGAUGUGGUUCGCGGUGAAUACUCCCUCAUCGACGCUGAUGGUUACAAACGUACUGUACACUACACUUCGGAUGACGUGAAUGGUUUCAACGCCGUCGUCAGCCGUGAACCUUUGGUUAAGUCCGUUGCCGUCGCUCCAGUUGUAAAGACAGUUGCUCCAGUUGCCCACUACGCUGCUCCAGUUGCUCACUAUGCCGCUCCAGUCGCUCACUACUCUGCCCCUGCUGUGGUCAAGACCGUUGCCCCAGUUGCUCAUUAUGCUGCACCAGUGGCUCACUACGCCGCUCCUGCCGCUCAUUACUCUGCACCAGCUGCUCAUUAUGCUGCUUACUCAUCUCCAGCUGUCGAGUACCAUCAUUAAUUCAUUUCCACGAUCAUACCUGUUCACCAGAUCAUUGAAACGAUUGAUAAUAUCCUUAAAUUAGUAAAAUGUUUUUCAUGUAUAUAUUCAGUAU